GCCAGUUCAGAAUUUUCCUGGUGUACCUCAUGCCUUUUCACCCUUCAGCAGCUUUGGCCCAACACCGUGAAAGCAAGAAAGCUAUACGCAUCGAAUAUCAAAAUGGCACUACAUGACUUGUAUGACUACAUCAUUGUUGGCGGCGGUACUGCUGGCCUUGUGGUUGCUUCUCGUCUGAGCGAAGACCCUGAUGUUUCUGUGCUCGUAGUCGAGGCAGGAGGGGACAAGAGCAAAGACCCUGCUGUUGUCAUACCCGGAAUGAUGGGAGCUUUGUAUGGAAAAGAUGAAUACGAUUGGAAUUUCUCCUCAGUCCCACAGCCAUACCUGAACAAUCGUACCAUCAGCCAGGCCAGAGGCAGAAUGCUUGGAGGCUCCUCUGCUCUGAACUUCUCGAUGAUGGUUUAUCCUGGAAAACCCAUCAUUGAUGCAUGGGAGACAUUGGGGAACCAUGGCUGGAACUUUGAAACUCUUUGGCCCUACUACCGCAAGUUCGCCAAGACACAUCUGCCGUCUAAAGUCGCAAGAGAAGCAUGCAGAACCGAUUCUUACCACGACCCUUGUAUCUCGGAUGCAGAAUCAGGUCCACUUGCUGUGUCCCUCGGGGACGGAUUUGGACCCAACAACACUGCAUGGAUGGAUGCAUUUGAGGAGCUGGGCCUGAAGUUGACUUCUGAUCCAAGGACGGGAGUCGCAGUGGGAGCGUUUCAGCAAGCCGCAUCCAUCGACCCUGUUAAAAAGACCAGAGCCUCAGCAGUAUCUGCAUACCUGACGGAAGAGGUCAGAGCCCGCCCAAACCUCUCGAUACUGACAGAUACUUUAGCCAGUAGAAUCAUUCUGGACAAAUCAGAUGAUUCGACGAGUCAAGCGAUUGCUAAAGGAGUGGAAGUUCGCUCCAAGGAUGGAGUCACGCGUUGCAUUCGCGCCGGGAUCGAGGUAAUCUUGUCCGCUGGCGCUCUCCAGACCCCGCAGAUUCUCGAGCUGUCUGGCGUAGGUGACAGGGAAAUCUUGACGAAGCAAGACAUCCCAGUCAUCAUUGAGAAUUCAAACGUCGGUUGCAACCUGCAGGAUCAUCCCAUCGUCUGCGAGAGCUUCGAGGUAGCGGACAAUAUCAUGUCCGGGGACAUUCUUCGGGAUCCUGGUCUACUUGAGGCGGUCGUGUCUCAGUACCAAGCUAGUCAGGAUGGGCCUUUGGGUCAGAGUAUCAUUUCCUCGGCAUACGUACCAAUGGUCGAUUCAACCGGUGUCCUGUCUAGCGAAGCUCGCACCGAGUUCUUUGAAUCUCACGGUGAAAACCAUACGAGUGACACUUUAAGCCACUGCUCUGAAGUGGACCGGAAAGUGAUCAGGGAUGCCCUAGAGACGACCACGGAGCCGGCUUAUCAGCUAAUGUUGUUCCCUACUCAACUGAUUAUUCCAGAUAACCCUCAAUCUGUGAGGGACUACAUCACGCCUGUGGAACCCGAGAACUACAUUACCGUCAUGACCAUUCUCAAUCACCCAUUUUCUCGCGGAAAUUGUCAUAUCGUCUCUCCAAAUGUGGAAGACAAGCCCAUAUGGGAUCCGCAGUACAAUUCCGAGAGGGUGGACACGGAACUUCUCGCAAAGGGUGUCCAGUUUGUGGAGAAGUUAAUCAACACCAAACCAUUUUCCAAUAUCCUCAAGCCCAACGGCAAGCGUCUCCAGAAUAGUGGGCGCGACUUGGAGUCUGCAAGAGAUGUCGUCAGCAGUCGUCAGAUUUCAGUCUUCCACCUCAGCGGCAGUACUUCUAUGCGUCCCAAGGAGGCUGGUGGCGUUGUCGACACACGACUCAGGGUCUAUGGUGUUGGUAACCUGCGCGUUGUCGAUGCUAGUAUUUUCCCACUCGAGCCUGCUGGAAACAUUCAGUCAACCGUCUAUGCUGUGGCGGAGAGGGCGGCCGACAUUAUCAGAGAAGACAGAUUGAAAGGAAGAAGUUAA